UUUUCGCCUACUGGCAACGCAGCAAUUCGCUCCAUUCUGAAGUCAGAGAUGGCGCCCCCCGUGACAGUUUGGCGAACUUACUCCUGUUGGUAGGAGACCUGGUUGGAAUAUUGUAAUAUCAAGUGGGCUGGUUGCCUAUUUGAUCGAGAGGUUUUGGGCACGCUUGAGGAUAGGGACUUGACACACCAGUCAAUUAUAGCCACCUUAGUAUUGUCACAUUGUGUAUCAAAUUCAAAGAUCGAAUGUUUGAUUGAAUUGAAAAUAUUGAAAUAUGAAAUAUUUUAUCAAUUUAUAACGAUGGUUUUUUGAAAGGAUAAUCGAAAGAUUCUUCUUUUGAAAAAGCAGAUAUAAAGAUGUCUGUUGCUAGCAAUAUUGUGAAUGAAAGUGGAGAACAAUUCAUUCCAGCUUCUCAAAGACCAGAUGGCACUUGGAGAAAAGCCAGAAGAGUGAAAGAAGGCUAUGUGCCACAAGAAGAAGUACCUUUGUAUGAAAGCAAAGGAAAACAGUUUUUGAGCAAAAAAGAUGAACCAAUUGUAUUACCCUCUGGAAAGACUGCUCUUAGACCCAUUCCUGGACUGUUCAUUGUUCAAGAUGACACUGACAAAAAACCUACUAAAAAGAAGAACAAAAAGAGGACCUCCAUAGCAUCUGAGAACAUUGAUAUGAUGUUGGAAAAAAUCAAACUGGUUGAGUCACCAAGUGCAACUGACAAAAAAACAACUAAAUCAUCUGACAUUAGCAAAAACAUAGAAACAACAGAUCCCCAGAAGAAGUUGAAGAAUCUUAAGAAGCGAUUGAGAGAAAUAGAAACCUUAGAAGAAAAAAUACAAAAAGGAGAUAUAGCUAAACCUGAACCAGAACAAUUGGCAAAGGUUAAGAGAAAAAAUGAUUUGAUUCUACAGAUUUAUGAGUUGGAAAAGCAGUUGCAAUGAACUGUUAACCAAAAGUGUUCAUAUUAUAUUCUUUAAGGAGGAAAAUAUGUAAUUGAAUGAUACAAGUUCAUUGUUGAUGUUCAUACAUGAUGCUCAUUGAUAUAAUUCCCAUACUUUUACUAUGCUCAUUUGCAGUUCCUUACAUAAUUUUUAAAAUCUAAUGAUUUUUGCUAAUAAUUUGUGAAUAGUUUCCUUAGAAAAAUAUAUUGGCAAUUCUAUAUAUACCUACUUAUACAUUCAAUUUU